CGUUGAUAUCAUCAACGGAAGACAGCGUUUUGUUAUUGUUAUCUGUAGUGUUCUUAUAUUUAGUGAUCCGUAUAUUAAAUUAAACAAACAUGGCUAGAAAUAGAUCUUUAUUAUUUUAUUUUGCAGUGUUACUGGUCAUUCUGAGCACCCUCACACAAGAGACUGAAGCAAGGAGAAAAAUUCUUCGUGGUAGACGAGUUAUGACCCGCACAUACUACCAUGGAAACGCAGUGCCGGCUUGGGCAAUAAGUUUGAUGGCAGGUAUAGGAAUGUUAAUAGUUGGAGGUAUUUUGUACGUAGUGAUGAGAAAAAUCGUUCUAUCAGCGGAGACUGGAUAUCUCAAUACAUAUCAACCAGCCAUGCGAAACGAAGUUUGAAUUACAAAACUAUAUAAAAUUUUAAGUUUUACUGUACAGUCAUUUUGGGUAACUUUGAAUUGCAGUUUAACUUUGAACAAUACAAUAAUGUAUUGUUCAAAGCUAGGUACCCACAAUAAGCAUAUUAAAAU